UAUCCCUUAAACUGUAUAUAUGUAUAAACUAUAAUGUACGCUCUUCUAUGUAAUCUAUCAAUUUAACCCUUACGAGGUAACGUCGGGUCACUCGUGCCUCGGCAAAAGUGACUCUCAUUGGUAGCUCGGGGAGGAGGGAAGGGAGCCCGACCGAACUGUGCUGGAAAAAAUUGUAUAGUAGUAGGCUACUAGAUUUCCAAGUGCCGACUCCGCAGUACCUUACCAGCAGUCGUGAGAGCCAGACGUAUUUUGGAAAAGGCACGAGUGACCCGACGUUACCGACAACGAGUGCAAAUAGUGCAAGAAAAUAUGUUUCAACGAUCACCUGCUCAGAUUGAUCGCAUUUUGCGUCCUCGAGAGCAAGAAGUCGAUUACGGCGGCGAAGAAAGCGACUCCGAAGUAGAUUACGUGGAGGAUCGAGAAUCCAGCGAGACGGAAGCUUCGUGUUCAGAAGGCGAGUCAGACGAAGUAGAAGACGAGAUAGAAGAUGAAGAAGACGAAGCAGCACCGGUCCAAAGGCGUCGGCGAAAAUUUGUGUACGGCAAGGAUAAAUAUAAGUGGUGCCUCGAAACCCCGGAAACACGCGGUCGUCGUUCCGACUCCUUGCGGUUACAUUUACCAGCAGCAGAAGGUAAUAGCUUGAAUGCUAGCAAUCCUUAUGAAUCGUGGAACGUGUUGUUUACCGAUGAAAUGCUUGAACUGAUUUUGAAAUGGACCAAUGCUGAAAUUGAGAGGCAUAAUAUAGAUAAUAACGCGAAUAAUGCAGAAGCUGCAACUUUUGCUCCUCUUUCAAUUAACGAAUUGAAAGCAUUUAUCGGUUUAUUGUAUUAUCAAGGAGUAAACAAAAACAAUCAUUUGAAUCUGACCGAAAUGUGGUCUAAUGAAUUUGGGAGCAAUUUGUACAGGACUGUUAUGUCUGAAAAAAGAUUUAGUUUUAUCGGGGCACGGCUGCGCUUUGAUGAUAAGAGUACUCGAGCUGAGAGACGUACGGUUGAUGUGCUCGCUCCUAUUCGCGAAUUCGGGAUUUGUUUAUCGGCAAUUGCCAAAAAAAUUACACACCGGGCAAAAAUUUGACGAUAGACGAGCAGUUAUUGGGGUUCAGGGGUAAGUUUUCAGCUCGCGUGUACAUUCCAUCGAAGCCAGCUCGCUAUGGCAUAAAAAUUUUGUCGCUGAAUGAUUCAAAAAACUUUUAUUUGUAUAAUGCGAUUCCGUAUACUGGGAAAGUUCAGCCGGAGCGAGCAGAAUCUGUACCAACUUUCUUUGUAAGGCGUCUUUCCGAGCCAAUUCACGAUUCAGGCAGAAUAAUCACAUGCGAUAAUUGGUUUUCUUCGGUGGAAUGUUUCAAAAAAAUGCUUGAAUCCCACGAUUUGCGAAUGAUUGGCACUUUACGGAAAAACAAAAGGCAGAUCCCAGAAUCAUUCAAACGCACCGCUUCUGCUGGUACAAUGAGAGUAGGCUACGACGGAAAACUUUCGUUGACUUCUUACUGUCCCAAAAAAAAUAAAGUAGUGCUCGUGUUGUCGUCAGUGCAUAAAUCCGUGAAGAUGAAUGAAGAUAAGUUGAAACCCGAAACAAUUCUGUACUAUAAUGAAACUAAAAGUGGAACAGACGUUUUCGAUCAAUUGUGCGGCAAUUAUUCAUGUGCCAGAAAUACACCGAGAUGGUCGUUACGUUUAUUUUUUGGAAUUAUUGAUCAGGCAGGAGUUAACAGCUGCAUCCUGUGGAACUUACUUACCGAACACGAGAUUUAUACGCGUCGUGAAUUUCUAAAUAACUUAGUUCUUGCUUUGGUGAAGCCGUAUUUGCACGAUCGCAUGAAUAUUCCAAGACUACCAAAGGCGACGCAGCAAAAUAUUAGAGUCAUCUUGGGUACUACUGAGAAUCACAAAGUUUUUGAAUCAAAUAAAAUGGCCAAACGAAAACGGUGUGCUUAUUGUGAACCGUCAAAAGAUAAAAAAACAUUUUUGUGCUGCAGCAAGUGUCGCAAGCUUGUUUGCGAAGAACACCGAUACGAAAUCUGUAUUCAUUGUGUGUAAUUGUAAUAUUUUAUAUUUUUAUACUUAAUA